AUGUCAAAUGAUAAUAAUUUUCUGAUUGAAAGUGAUGAAGAAGAAGAAGUAGAUGAUAAUGAUAUAUUUUAACAAUAAUCUCCAUAAGUUAGAACAUCUUUUACAAAUCCAUUAUAGUUUAGAAUAAAUUAGCAUUUUAAGAGUGAAAUAAAUGAUGAUGAAGAACACUAAAUUAUUUUGACAAGAUCAUAAAAUUAUUGUGGAGAUGUAAGCGCACAUAGUUGUAAUAGUGAAGAUUUAAAAGGAAUAACUCAUACAAAUAAUUCUUCAGAUGAUGAAUAAGAAGCCACUAGAGUAACAUAAACGUUUAAUAAUCCUUUACAUAAAAUUAAAGAAGUAGUUGACGAGAGUUAUGAAAUAAACAUAAAUAAUUCAGAUGAAGAAAUAAUAGUGAAUGAAUUUGCUAAAGCUCAUGAUUUAGUCAUUAAAAAUUGUUCAAUCAAGAUGGUAAAUAAAUAUUAUUAUAUUAUUAGAUAUAUAUCUUUAUAAAUAUAUAAUUCAUUCAUACAAAGAGGUUAGCAUUUCAAAUUUUAUAAACUAAAUUGGUAUAAGAUAAAUAAAAUAAGUUAUCAUAAAGAAAGUAGAUAGCUAUUCAUCUUACUAAAUGGAUAAUUAAUCAUAGAGAGAAAAAGAUUAAAGCCAACUAUGUGAAGAAAUGGAAAUUAUAGAAUGCAAAAAAAAAACUUUAUGAUGAAGCAAAAAAGAGAAAUAUUGAUAAAACUAAAGUAUAAGGUAAUGGAAGUAUAUCAAAUGAUUAAACUGCUAACUCAAAUAAAUCAUAACAGCCAAUCAUCUAAUAAACUAUAAAUAUUAAUACAGCUAAAUAAGUUAACACUAUUUAAGAAUAAACAUCAAAAUUAAAUCAAUAAUCAAAUUAAUAAUCCUAAAUACUUCCAUAAUAAUUAAAACAACAAUCACCUCCUUAAUUAUCAAAUGGAGUUUAAAAUAAAAUAAUAACUCCUCCACCACCUCCACCUCCUCCACCACCUCCACCACCAUUACCUAAUCAAUUACUACCCCCACCACCACCACCUUUACCUAAUUCAUAACUUUCACCACCUCCACCUCCACUACCUGGUUAAUAAAUAUCUCCUCCACCACCACCUCCUCCUCCAUUACCAAUAGGUUCUAGACCACCUCUUCCUUUAGGAAAUGCUCCUCCUCCUCCACCUUUACCAGGUGUAAAUCCUCCACCUCCACCACCUCCUCCUCCAGGUUCAAAAAUUCCAGGUCCUCCACCUCCUCCUGGUGCACCUAGACCACCUGGACCUCCUCCUCCACCAGGAUAAUCUUGUGCAGGAUAAGUAAGACUUUUAAAAUAUAAGGGGACCUGGAAUUACUAUUAGAACACCUAAAAAAGAUUUAGCUCCAAGAAGAGUUCAUGUUAAUGUCUUAUCUAAAUUCAAAUUUAAAACUACAUUCUGGUCAUAAUAAAUUGAUACUCAAGGAAUUAAAGUAUUUAUUAUUACUAAUAACUAGAUUCCAUUAUUAGAUUUUGAUCUUUUAGAAUCCAAAUUUUGUGAAAAAAUUGAUCCUAAUGCUAAUAAAAAAGAUACUAAAGUCUUACCUAAACCUACUUUAAUAUAUAUUGAAGAAUAAAAAAAAGUAAAUAACACUGCAAUUGUUAUGAUGAAAUUUCCAGAUAAACCUAAUGUUAUUAUUUAAUGGCUCAAUAUACUUUCAGAUAAAUUAGAUAUUGAACUUAUAGAAAAAUUGACUUCUAUUGCUCCUUUAGAUGAAGAUGCUAAAUUAUUAAGAGAAUUUGAAGGAGAUUGGACCAAAGUAAAUGACGCUGAAAAAUUCUUAGUUGAAUUUAUUAAAAUUUAUAGAUAUCGAUAAAGAUUAGAUACCUUAUUAUUUAAAAAAACUUUUGAUCUAGAAUUUAAUGAUACUUUCAAAAAAAUUGGUUAUUUAUAAGAACCCAUUCUUUUAGUCAAGAAUGAUCCUCGUUUAAAAAUAUUCUUAUAAUUAACACUUAAUAUAGCUAAUUUUUUAAAUCAUGGUACUCCUAAAGCAAAUGCUGUUGGAAUUGGCUUAGAUAGUCUAAAUGUAGUAGAUUCUAUUAAAACUGUUGAUAAAAAAAAUAAUUUAUUAACAUAUCUAACCAAAAUAGUCAAACAACAAGAAAUUAAAUUAAAAGUCUUUUUUGAUGAUGUACUUUUAUUAGAAGAUGCUUAAAAAGUAGAAUUGGCAGAUAUAGAAAAUAAAAUGAAUGAAUAUUUAAAAGGGUAUAAUUAUUAUUAAUAUUAAUAGAUUAAAAAAAAUUAAUGAUGAAAUAGUUGCUCUCUAAAAAGCCAUAGAUAAUGAUUUAUUAAAUUAAUAAUAAAAGGAAGCAUCAAAAAAAUUUAUUGAAAUUUUUUAAGAAUUUAUAAAAGAAGCAGAUUGGAAAAUGUAAGCUUAUCAAAAGAAAUUUGAAUAAAUUAAAUUAGACAUAAAAUAAGUUGGUUAAAUGUAUGGAGAAAAUGAUAAUUACACUAUUAAAGAUUUUUUGGGAUAAUUAUUUACAUUUGCCAAUAAAUUUAGAGCAGCUUAUAUGUAUGUUUUAUCAUUGAUAUUUUUAGUAAAAUGGAAGUAGAUGAGGCAUUAGAAAGUAAACCAAAAUCUUAAUAAUAAGAUUUAAAAAAUAAAUCUAAAUUAGUCUAAUCGACUCCUGAAACCUAAGGGAAUAAAAACUAAUUAGAUUCUAAAGUUAAUUAUUUUAAAGCAACUACCCCUAGUAGUGGUAUGAGAAUAAGUACAUUAGCAAAAAUGAAUGCAAAAAAUGGUAUUUAUAAUUAUUUCUAAAUUAGUUUUGAGUGCUGUUGCUAAAUAAAGGGAAAGUAAAAUGCAUGAAUAAAUUUCUAUUGUACAAAAAUAGCAAUAAUAAUAAAUUAUACCAUAAGCUCCAGCUAAUGUUAUUUAAAAUGCUAGAACUGGUGUUAUUUCUUUUAAGUAAUGAUAAAUAUAUAAUUUUAACGAUUAUAAUUUUUAAUAUUACAUGGAUAAUUAACAUAGCCAAUAAGCAUUUUUGACAAGCGUUUCUCUUUUAUUUAGUAAACAUUUUUCUAUAUUUGCUUAGAAAUUAUCAAAUUUCCAUUUAUUUGUCAUAAUUGUGGAAAUAUUGAAGUAAUGAGAUCAUUAUAAAAAAUAUUUAAUGAAAUUGAAGAAAUUGAUAUUGAUGAAUUAUCAAGUAGGAUACUAUUAGUUUCAAAAUAAAUUCAGAAGAAAAAAGAGGAAAGCUAUGUUUCUAUUUAACAAGAAAUUCAGAAAUCUUUAAAUUAUUUAUAGCCAUUAAAAGUAGAUGAUUAAUAAUUAUUUAACUUUGAAAACCAUGAAUAAUGCUUACAAAGAGUUUGUGAUGUAUGUAUAUUUUCUAAAUUUGAGGAUAUUUUUUUGAAUAUUUAAGAGCAAUUAGAAAUUCAAAACUCAUUAAAUGAAUUGAUUUCAAUAAUGUAAGAAUAGUAAUUACAAAUAAAUUAAUUCCCUCAAUCAAAAAAUUUGUAAUUGAUAUCUGAAUUCAAUCACAAUAAGGUAAUUAAAGAAAGAUUGGAAGGUGCAUUAAAAAUCAAUUUGAGUCAUAAAGAAAUCCUUAAAGAAAUUCUAAUUAAAAUUGGACAAGAUAAUUAGAAUUAGAAAAUAAACUAUUAAAUAUCAAUUAAAUAAUCAUAACUAGAUCUAAUUUAUCUUAUUCAAUAAAAUUCAGUACAAAAUGAAAAAAUAAACGAAUUAGAACAUUUAUUAAAAGAAAAGAAUAAUUAACUACUAAAAUUUAGUUAUUAUAUUUAAUAGAUAGAAAAUAGUUAAUAAAAUUAAAAUAUAUAAUAUGUAGUAUCAUAAAAAAUCUCCCAAUAAGAUCAAAACCCAUAGUCAUAGUAAGAUCAAAAUAAUAUUUAAGAUUCUUAGGUUAGUUAAUCAUAAUCUGAAGAAUUUUAUUCUAUAAUUGAUUAGAGUAUAAAUAAUUUUUAAGAAAAUUAAAAUCGAUAAAGUAUAAUAAAACCAGAAGAAUCAAUAAAAGUUUUGAAACCUAUAAACCAAAACAUUUUAAUUUAAUAAAGUUUUUAAAAAUAGAGGGCUAAUCAGAGUUAGGAGAGAAAAAUGAAUUUCAGUUUUGACUAUGGAAAUCCAUUAGAAACAAAUAAUAGUUUUACAGAAUAAGAAGAUGAAAAUUAUUAAUUUAAUUUUUGA